AUGCUGUUGAGCUGCCGCCACAAGUAUUUGCAACGCAUCAUCUGGGUGCUCUGCACCAUGUCUUUGAGUUCGACUGCUCGUCGUCAUAAACGCAGCAUCUAUGGCCUAGACUCAAAUGGUCCCUAUUUGCCAGCGCCAUUUGGGCCCGUACCGUUUGCGCCAUUUGGUUUGGGCUCUCCGUUUGCACAGCCCCCUUUCGCUCUUCCCUAUCAUCCUUAUGCUCCGCCACCGUAUGCCGCACCAAAUUCCUAUGCCUUGCCUCCAUGGUACCCACCGCAUCCCUACCAGAAUCCUACUUUUGCACCGCCACCACCGCCUUUAUAUCGGCCGCCAUAUUUUCCACCUGUAGUCGCACCUGCCGCUCCUGUGGGUCCGCCACCAGCGCCCAUUAUUGUGCCCGCCAAGACAGCAGCAGCGUUGAGCAUUGCGUCAAUAAUUCAUGCAUUCAUCGCGCGCAAGUUCUAUCCACCGGUGCUGCCAGUGCCAAUUGCAAGGCCAGUGCCAUAUCCGGUGCCUGAGUUGUCACCAAUCACUGUACCAUCUGAACGACCUGCUGCUGUAACGAAUAUACAACCCAUUGCCAACAGAGAAGCUACAGCUAAGACGCUAUCUGAAAACACUUGCGUGCCGAUGAUCAUGUUAGAAAAUUCAUUUUUCGAACGCAUAACAACUACAACAGAAGUGCCUUGGCAGCCCACAGUAAUUCCCAUACGAGAAUAA